ACCCUAUGAACACACACACACACACACACACACACACACACACACACACACACACACACACACACACACACACACACACAGAGUCUCUUCCUCCCUCAUUGCUCUCUCUCUCUCUCUCUCUCUCCCCUCUCUCAUUGCAGGGACAUGCACAAACACCCUCCCACUCCUGGCCCUGGCAUACCUGCACGGUCCUUGUGCUCCCACAGUCCAGUGAUGCAACUGGGGGCCACAUGGUGCUGGAGUGGCCAGCUGGCAUGCAGGGAAGCAGUUAAAGCUGUGGCAGGAAGAGACUUCUGGUUGAGGGGGGCAGGGAGGACUGCCCCUGGCUCCUGUCAUCUUUGACAGGCAACCAGGAGCAGAUAAAUAUACAUUUUCUAAAUUUUUUAGGCCCCCCUCCCCCCGGCCCCAGGCCAGAUAGAAUGGCCUGGUGCGCUGAAUCUGGCCCGUGGGCCAUAUUUUGCCUGCCACUGUACUAUCAGAAGCUCUAUACCCAUGUCCUAUACUCAUGUGUAUGUAUACAAUGACCCAGUGCCCUAGUAGGGCAAACAGGAUAUGCAUGGUAACAUUUAUCUUUACAGGAGAUAGACACUUCUCUCUUUAUUUUGGGUCAGAACUUUCCAAAUGGCAGCCUGCAUCUGGCCUGUGAGGGAUGAAAGUGUGGCCUGUCGGCUCCUGCCCAGCUACCACUCCCCCCACUACUCGUUGUGGCCGGAGUCUGGAGGUGGCCCAGUACACUCACUGCCUGGGGGUCGGGGGAAGUUUGGGCUGUCUGCACAGCUGUGGUGGCAGAGGAAAGGCAAGGUCUGGGCAGGGAGGAGGAGAGAGCUGAAUAGGGGCUUGUGCAUUAGUGGAAAGAGGAGGGCACUCUCCCACAUGGCAGUGGUCGUGGGGGGAAGAGUGGGCUUACAUGGCAGUGGUGUGUGAGAGGGGACUUGCUAGCUUGAUGGCAUCAGUGGGAGUAGGCUUGUGCUGUGCUGGUGGGGAGAAAGGGAGCUUGCUAAGCCCACACAGCAUUGGGGUGCUUCUGUAGUAGUAGAGGUGGGGGCAGCUCAUGCUGCUUGCAUGGCAAGGGGGCUGUGUAGAGUGUAGGUUGAAGGGACUACAUGUCAUGGGCCCCUGAGGUAUGUGGCUUGGGGCCUGUGACUAGUGUUGCAUGCAGCCACCAGCUGCUUUGAAGUUGAGCAGCCUGGUUGUGGGUCUGGUUCAUGUCAUAAAUUGUGAUAGGCGUAUGUAAUGUGGACAUGUAAAAGGGAAGCAAAUGGGGUUGGUUGCUUUUUCUGUUAUUCCUUUGCAUGGCUCUGUGGCAGAUUGAGAAUGUGUCCUGCUUAACUGACUACUGAGAAGGGCAUUAAGGCCACUUAAUGGAUCAACAGUGUACAUGGCAGGGUGGGUAUACCAGCUGUCUCCAGCACUGUGGACCAUGGGCUGGGAUAUGAUAUGGUAUGUUCAUUAGCCCAUUUCAACAUCUAUGUUAACUUGUAACCUAGAUUCUGGGUAACUCCUGUGCUCACCUACCUUUCUAAGUAUAGUAAUUACAUUAGCAAUCCUACUCUGAGUCACAGGAUUGGGACAAAGAAACAUGUAUUAGGCUAUGAUUUAUGUUCAGUAGUAUCCAAGCAUUUUUGUUAGGACUGGGGGUCCAAUAUGUUAGGGGCCUUGCAAUCACAUAGUCCCUACUUAUCCAGUUGUGCCCAGAAGACCCAACAAACUAUUGUGUUAGGCACUUCACAAAUAUAGUGAAAGACAGUGGGUUCCCUAAUAAGCCUGCAGUCUAAAUGGGCAAGACAAAGGGAAUGAGAAUAGGUGAAGCCGUUUGGUCAAGAUUUCACAAGAGGCCAGUGGCAGACCUAAGAAUAGAACCCAAGGUUUCUGAUUCAUCUGUCCACCAGAUCCUGCUGCUUCCUUAGGUCUCUACUCAGUCAGGCAACAUGUUGAAUGGCUCCAGUUCACUGUUCCUUAGGGUGUAGUGAAAAAGUGUAUUGCCGUGAUCAGAUUGGAAGAUGGAUGGAUAGCCAAGGACAUGCAUCCUGCCGGAGAACUAUCAGAGGGAACAAGAACAACAGGACAUCCUAAACUUGGCUACAAAGACACGUGCAAGAGAGAUAUGAAGGCAUUUGGAAUCAAUCCUGACCUAUGGGAAACCUUGGCAAGUGAUCAUAACAAGUGAUCAUAACAGCAUCUCCAUCAAGGCAUUAAAGUCCACACAAAAAGUGGCUCCACCAGCUUGAAGAGAAAAGAGCCUGUAGGAAGCAAGAAGUUCCCAAACCACCUAACCAUGACGUAUACAUUUGUAACCACUGCCACAGAUUAUGCAACUCUGAUCUUGGACUGUUCAACCACAUGAGACACUGCAAACCAUCUACGUCAUAGGCUGCAAUAUCCAUCAUCUCCCUCAGACAAACGGAUGUCAAACUGCCUUGACCUGGAACUUUCAAAUGGGGUCUGGAUUUUGUUAAGUUUUGAUCUUUAGAUAAGGUUCAUAGACUCAAACCUUUCAUUUGAACCUCCUUCCCUACCCCCACAAAUUAGGACUAUGUCAGAUUAAAGAUUUUAGGUUUGACCCCUCCUGUAACAAAGAUGACACUGUGCUUAUUACAACACACGUUUAAUUUUUCAAGGAAUGAUCACCCCACCUCAGCAGAUCUAAUGACUUUGUGGAGGUUGCAGCUCACUUCCUUCAGUGUCUUCAGUUAUUGUGCAACUCUGAACUCCCAAGGGCGAAGAGAAACCCACAUGACCUGGCUGGGUUUCAUAUUGCUUUGCUUAAAAAGAAAAGAGAAAGAGAGAGAGAGAGAGAGAACUCCAGUUAAUCUAGUGUUUCUUGACGUAUGGCUGUGUGUUGUAACGUCAUGUAAUGUCACGUCACAUUUAUGAUGAAUACAUUUGAAUGCACACAUAUCUAUCUGCUUGUACACUUGAGGAUAUAAACCUUGUAUGCAUAACACACACACACACACAGAGUCUAUAAGGUGUGCGUGCUAUGUGUGGAGGGUACAAGAGGAGCAGGACCAGCUCUGUGGCUGAUGAUUAAAGCAACAAGGAGCCCAGCUAGCCAGUGGCAUUUUUCAACUAAUCAGUGAAUUCUUAUCCCCUGAAGUUAGAGCCCUCCUCCAGCAAAGGUCCAGCUCCAGUGGGGGACUGUGCGAGGCAGGCAGGCGCUGGCACGCAGUCUUUCCCAAGGUUGUGUUUCCUUUCCUUUUUCCUGAGAUUUGGUGCAGGGGGAAGGGGUCGGAGUCACAUGGAUACAAAGCUUUUGAUGAAUGUCCAAGCUGCCUGCGCCGGGGCUGCCGCAGGCUUUCAAUCCCUCCGUCACACAGGGAGCCGGGAGAGCGGGGAACCGGUGACCCACUCAUUUCCUAUAGGCUGUGUCCCCUUCCUGACGGGAAGAGCGCCCGCGCUGGUGCUGCUUUGUGCGCCGGGGCCCCGGCCGCACUUGCGGAGCCCCAGCAUGUAACUGAGCGGCGGCUCGUGUUGUCCCCUCGCCCCGCGGCCGGAGGCGACGCGGGCAACUUUUCCUGCGGGCAGGCGGGCGGGCGAGGAGCCGCGGGAACAAUGACAGAGGAGAGCAAAGGGGAAGGGAAAGGGGAAAGCGGGAAGGACCUGGAGAAGCAGCUUCGCCUUCGGGUCUGCGUCCUGACCGAGCUGCUCAAGACGGAGCGGGACUACGUGGGCACCCUGGAGUUCCUUGUGUCGGCAUUCCUUCACCGAAUGAUCCAAUGUGCUGCAUCCAAAGUUGAUAAAAAUGUCACAGAGGAGACAGUUAAGAUGUUGUUUUCAAAUAUUGAAGAUAUUCUUGCAGUUCACAAGGAUUUCCUGUCUCUGGUGGAAGACUGUUUGCAGCCUGAACCUACUGCGCAUCAUGAAGUGGGAACCUGCUUUCUUUAUUAUAAAGACAGGUUUCGUAUCUAUGAUGAAUACUGUAGUAACCAUGAGAAGGCACAAAAACUUCUUCUUGAACUUAACAAAAUAAGAACAGUGAGGACUUUUCUUUUGAACUGUAUGCUGCUUGGAGGAAGAAAGAAUACAGAUGUUCCACUGGAAGGAUAUCUAGUAACACCAAUACAGAGAAUAUGCAAGUAUCCCCUUCUUUUAAAGGAGUUACUGAAGCGGACUCCAAGGAAACACAGUGAUUAUGCAGCAUUAAUGGAAGCCCUCCAAGCCAUGAAAGCUGUCUGUUCCAACAUAAAUGAAGCCAAGAGACAAAUGGAAAAAUUAGAGGUUUUGGAAGAAUGGCAGUCUCACAUUGAAGGAUGGGAGGGAUCCAACAUCAUAGAUUCUUGCACGGAAAUGCUAAUGUAUGGAGUUUUGCUGAAAAUUUCUGCAGGAAAUAUCCAGGAGCGGGUCUUUUUUCUUUUUGAUAAUCUUUUGGUCUACUGCAAAAGAAAACACAGGCGAUUGAAGAACAGCAAAGCAUCUACUGAUGGCCAUCGGUAUCUCUUUCGAGGCAGAAUAAACACAGAGGUGAUGGAAGUAGAGAAUGUAGAUGAUGGUACAGCGGACUAUCAUAGCAGUGGCCACAUUGUUGUUAAUGGCUGGAAGAUUCACAACACAGCAAAGAACAAAUGGUUUGUAUGCAUGGCAAAAACUCCUGAAGAGAAGCAAGAAUGGCUGGAAGCUAUUCUGAAAGAAAGAGAAAGAAGAAAAGGUUUAAAACUGGGCAUGGAACAAGAUACUUGGGUGAUGAUCUCAGAGCAGGGAGAGAGACUCUACAAAAUGAUGUGUAAACAAGGGAAUCUGAUCAAAGACAGGAAAAGAAAACUAACCACUUUCCCAAAGUGCUUUCUUGGAAGUGAAUUUGUGUCCUGGUUAUUGGAAACUGGAGAGAUACACAAAGCUGAAGAAGGUGUACAUCUUGGCCAAGCUUUACUAGACAAUGGUAUUAUCCACCAUGUUACAGAUAAGCACCAGUUCAAACCUGAACACAUGCUCUACAGAUUCCGUUAUGAUGAUGGAACAUACUAUCCACGAAAUGAAAUGCAGGAUGUUAUUUCCAAGGGUGUAAGAUUGUACUGUCGUCUUCACAGCCUGUUUACUCCAGUAAUAAGGGAUAAAGAUUACCAUCUAAGGACCUACAAAUCUGUAGUCAUGGCUAACAAAUUGAUAGACUGGCUGAUUGCACAGGGAGAUUGCCGGACCAGGGAGGAAGCAAUGAUCUUUGGUGUAGCUCUUUGUGACAAUGGGUUUAUGCACCAUGUAUUAGAAAAAAGUGAAUUUAAAGAUGAACCACUGCUAUUUCGUUUUUUUGCGGAUGAAGAGAUGGAAGGGUCAAAUAUGAAGCACAGGCUCAUGAAACAUGACUUAAAAGUUGUGGAAAAUGUCAUAGCCAAAUCAUUAUUGAUUAAAUCUAAUGAAGGCAGCUAUGGUUUUGGUUUAGAAGACAAAAACAAAGUGCCUAUUAUUAAAGUAGUGGAGAAAGGAUCAAAUGCUGAGAUGGCAGGCCUGGAAGUAGGGAAAAAGAUCUUUGCCAUUAAUGGUGACCUAGUUUUCCUGAGACCCUUCAGUGAAGUGGAUUACUUUUUGAAAGCAUGUUUAAACAGCAGACAGCCCCUCAGGGUUCUUGUGAGCACAAAACCACGCGAGACAGUGAAGAUUCCUGACUCUGCAGAUGGGCUGGGAUUCCAGAUCAGAGGCUUUGGUCCAUCAGUUGUCCAUGCUGUUGGGAGAGGAACUGUGGCAGCUGCAGCUGGUCUCCACCCUGGACAGUGCAUAAUCAAAGUGAAUGGAAUUAAUGUUAGCAAAGAGAGUCAUUCAAGCGUUAUUGCCCAUGUUACAGCCUGCAGGAAAUACAGGCGUCCAAUGCAGCAAGAUUCCAUACAAUGGGUAUAUAACAGUAUUGAGAGUGCACAGGAAGAUCUUCAGAAAACAAACUCCAAGCCCCCUGGAGGUGAUGGAGGAGAUGUCUUUGACUGCAAAGUGGAAGAGGUAAUUGAUAAAUUCAACACUAUGGCAAUAAUUGAUGGGAGGAAAGAUCAUGUUAGUCUGACUGUUGAUAAUGUUCACCUGGAAUAUGGAGUGGUUUAUGAGUAUGACAGUACUGCUGGAAUGAAAUGCCAUGUGUUAGAGAAAAUGGUUGAACCGAAAGGCUUUUUCAGCUUGACAGCCAAGAUUCUUGAGGCACUGGCAAAAAGCGAUGAACAUUUUGUUCAGAAUUGUAACAGCCUGAAUUCUUUAAAUGAAGUUAUCCCCACUGACCUCCAGAGUAAAUUCAGCGUUAUCUGCAGUGAGAAAAUUGAACAUAUAUACCGAAGAAUCUCUAGUUAUAAAAAGUUCUCAAGAGUAUUAAAAAACAGAGCUUGGCCUACGUUUAAACAAGCCAAAUCAAAGAUCUCACCACUUCACAGCAGUGAUUUCUGCCCAACCAACUGCCAUAUCAAUGUGAUGGAAGUUUCCUAUCCUAAAACCUCAACUUCUCUUGGUAGUGCCUUUGGGGUUCAGCUAGACAGCAGAAAGCAUACUUCACAUGAGAAAGAAAAUAAAACUACUGAACAAGGUAAACUGAAUCCCAUGGUUUACAUUCAGCAUACUAUUACCACCAUGGCAGCCCCAUCAGGACACUCCCUAGGUCAACAAGAUGGCCAUGGUCUGAGAUACCUAUUAAAAGAAGAGGACUUAGAAACACAAGAUGUCUAUCAGAAAUUGCUGUGCAAAUUGCAGACUGCAUUGAGAGAGGUGGAAACAUGUGUCUGUCAGAUAGACGAUCUCCUCUCUUCGAUAACAUAUUCUCCCAAAUCAGAACGUAAAACACCUGAGGCUUUAAUACAAGCAGACAGUGACAAUGACAAGGGAGAAAAGAAUGGGAAAAAGGUCUGUUUUAAUGUAGCUGGUGAUGAGCAGGAAGAUUCUGGCCAUGACACCAUCAGCAAUAGGGAUUCAUACAGUGAUUGCAAUAGCAACAGAAACUCCAUUGCCUCAUUCACCAGCAUUUGCAGUAGCCAAUGCAGUUCUUACUUUCACAGUGAUGAAAUGGAUUCAGGUGAUGAACUUCCCUUAAGUGUUCGUAUUUCUCAUGAUAAACAGGACAAACUCCAUAGUUGUUUGGAGCAUCUUUUCGGUCAGGUAGACUCAAUUGUCAAUCUUCUGAAAGGACCUGCUGUAGCGAGGGCCUUUGAACAGACAAAGUAUUUCACACCCGGACGAGGCCUACAAGAGUUUCAGCAGGAAAUGGAACCUAAGCUUAGUUGUCCAAAGAGGUUACGACUUCACAUCAAGCAAGACCCCUGGAACCUUCCCAGCAGUGUCCAAAAUCUUGCGCAGAACAUUAGAAAAUUUGUUGAAGAGGUGAAGGCAAGACUGCUGUUGGCACUUCUUGAAUACACAGCUUGCCUGCAGCCAGGGAGAAGAUUAAUUCCACAGUGGUCUGCAGUCGGGGAGAAAGGCAAGACUUUCACCUGUGAGUCCAGAGCUAAGACCUGCAGGACCAGACUAAGAGAUAGUGAAAUACAGCUCAGACGAGACAUGGUCUUCUGCCAAAGUCUAGUAGCCACAGUCUGUGCUUUUUCUGAGCAACUAAUGGCUGCAUUAAAUCAGAUGUUUGACAACAGCAAAGAGUAUGAAAUGGAGACUUCAGAGGCCAGCAGAAGGUGGUUGGAACAGAUAGCUAAUGCAGGUGUUCUUCUUCAUUUCCAGUCAUUGCUGUCACCUAACUUGACGGAUGAACAAGCCAUGCUAGAAGAUACAUUGGUUGCAUUAUUUGAUCUGGAAAAAGUUACUUUUUAUUUCAGACAAUCAGAACCAGAACCAGUAGUUGCAAAUGUUCCAAUCACAUAUCAAGCGGAAGGAAGUCGGCAAGCCUUGAAGGUUUACUUUUAUCUUGAUAAUUACCAUUUUGAGCAACUUCCUCAACGGUUAAAAAAUGGAGGAGGAUUUAAGAUACACCCAAUACUUUUUUCACAAGCACUGGAGAGCAUGGAAGGAUAUUAUUACAGGGACAGUGUAUCAGUAGAAGAAUUUCAAGCCCAGAUUAAUGCAGCCUCACUAGAAAAAGUCAAGCAGUAUAACCAGAAACUCAGGGCAUUUUACCUGGACAAGUCAAAUCUGCCUCCAAAUUCAACAUCUAAAGCUGCUUAUGUAGACAAGUUAAUGCGGCCCCUCAAUUCUUUGGAUGAACUUUACCGGCUGGUAGGGUCAUUUAUCAGAUCCAAGCGCACAGCGGCUUGUACUUACACUGCUUGCAGUGCCUCUGGAGUUGGAUUGCUCUCGGUUUCUUCAGAACUUUGUAGCAGACUUGGAGCUUGCCACAUCAUAAUGUGCAACAGUGGAGUUCACCGGUGCACACUAAGUGUCACUCUGGAACAGGCUAUAAUUCUUGCUAGGAGUCAUGGUCUACCUCCUCGCUAUAUUAUGCAAGCUACAGACGUGAUGCGCAAACAGGGAGCAAGAGUGCAGAACACUGCCAAGAAUUUAGGAGUGAGGGACAGAACACCACAGUCUGUCCCAAGAUUAUACAAGCUGUGCCAGCCUCCACCUCCUGCUGGAGAAGAGUAAGGAGAACGAAGCAAAAUAUAAUAAACCGCUUUUAAGAUAUUGGACUAGAAAACAAAAUCAAGAUGCACUCUGAUGGAACAUGCCUGGUGAAGUGACAAGUAGAAUUCAUUUACUCAGGAUAAAGAAAUAGGUUGUCCUUAAAUAUUUCUCUUUCAUCAUUGGGUAACAGACUGUUGAAAAAUAUUUUUGGGCUCCAUGUACUGUAGUGUCACAUGAGCAAAAUUUGAACGUUGUGGGGGUUUUCCUGGAAAGUUUACACUGGAAUUUGCAGGUGACAUGGCCAGGUCAGCAACACAGUUGCCUUUUGCACAUAGACAGCAGUAUUAGAAAAGCCAUCCCAUGUGAACCACAUCAAAAUGUCAUCCAAGUCCACAGAGUGAACUCCAGGAAAGAAGAAAAGUUUAAAAUUAUCUAAAUGCAUUAUUCAUUCAUAUCUCUCACACUGAUUAACUUGUGUCUUUCCCACUAAGAUAAUGUUAUUAUGUUCUCCAAAAGUUUAGCAAUAAGAAAUAAACAGUUUUAGUCUAUGAAACACAUAUAUGUUAAAGACUAAGAACCUAACUACAAAUAGUCCCAAUGAGUUUGGAAUGACUACGUGGAUCUAGCAGUCAAUGUACAAUUCCAACACAGUAAACUCAGUUACUUUAUUAAGAAUCCAUGGUCAUCACAGAUUUGAAAGAGCGUGUUAUUUCAUCUUGUAGAAAUGGUGCAACCCCUUAAAUUGCAUAAAAAUUAAAAUAUAGCUUUCAAAGAUAUUUUGGGAGAGAGAGUGUGAUUGAAAUUAGGAGGGUGAUAUUAACAUAUAAUUAGAAGGAAGUUCAAACUUCAGCCUGCAGCAGCUGCUUUACUUUGUUGGGCUUCUAUAUUUCAGAAAUCUCCAUACAGUUGUGUUUAUCUUGUAAAGUAUUGUACAUGGUAUCAUGUCUAACCAGACUGGGUAAAGGGCUGUGCUCUAGCUUUGAACUGGAAAAUUUUGAAUUGUAGAGUAUGUAAGUAAAGCAUAGUGUCAAAACUUCAUAUGUUUAUAUCAGCGUAUAAAAUAUUUUGUCAGCAUAAAGUUUUACAGCUAUUGAAGUUGGUUUUGCAGACUGGUAGUUUUAUAAUUUUAUGAUUUUAAUUUUGUAGGAUGUUUUGAAUAUCUACAUGGAUCAGGAAAAAUAUUAUUCAUGUUUAAUUAUUUUCUGACUGAAGUGUUUUGAGAGAAAAUAAAUGUUCCUGAAAGACUCUUCAUAUGUAUACACAUUAAAGUAAAAUUGCAUUUUAAAAUUUUGCUUCUGGUAGUAGUAACUAGAUACUAGGGAGGGAUGCAUAUAAUCUAAAAACGUAAGUAUUAUACAAAUUAUAGUUCUAUAAUUGCACACAAACCUCUACAACAUAGUUCUUUCAGUUCUAUGUUGUCUAUUCACUUAUGAAAUUUCAGUAAAUUUUUAACUCAGAAAUAGAUGAGAAUUCAGUACAAGCUGUAUUUUACAAAGAGUGUUCUUUCCAUAGGACAUAUAAGUGGUUUAUUACUUUUCUCCAAAGGAGGAGUUAGUAGUUCUACAUUCUUCAGUAUUCUUGAUUUUAUAUGCAGAUAUUAACUUUGGCAACAAAGUAAAUAUUUUUAUAUACACACAAAUGUAUGUGUAAAGACAUAUAUUAUAGUAGCAGUAUGCGUAUAUCUAGUUAAACCAGUUAUGUAGCCAACCAAGCUUAAACAUAAAAUCUGUUAACUUCCUUUAACUGUGACAAAAAAUGAUACUGAACACUCUGUAAAGUCACAAUUUUCCCUCCAUUCUUGAAGUUUACAUCCUUCUGAUACUUGCUGGAAACUUUUUUUCAGGAUUUUGAUAAACACGAAAUUCUACUUUCUUAAGCUAUAUAGGAAGUAGGAAAACCCAUUUUCUUUGUCUAUUAUGACUUAACACUUUUACAUAAGAAAAGAAUGGAUUUUGGUUUUAUACAGUUGUUGUUCUAGUCCACAAAUCUCAUAGUCCUAGACAUGUUUUAUUCAAAGGCAAUAUUGGUUAAGAUUAUCUUUCCUCUAGGCAAGUAUUACCAAGAAAAUUUAGGCUUCUGCUUGCUCAGGCACCAGAAAUGUGCAGAAGUCAAAGCUUUCUUGUGCUAGGUAUUGUACCACAAAUCAUGUAGCACAUUUAGUUUGGCAGUGUCAGGCUUUACUAGGAGCAAGGAUUUCUUAGGGUAAUAUUUUUAUUGAACCAACUAUGCAGCUGGGAUAGAAUUAGACAAGCUUUUGAAUGUGAAGUAUUCUUGGUGAGGAACCUAAUUCUUGGUGUGAGAUUUGGCUACAAAAUCUUUUACUAAGAGACUGAGUGCUAUCAACUGAAUGAAACUGAUAACAGUUCUACAAGAGGAAAAUCUGUUGUAUGCACACACAUUAUCAGUGAAUAAACUUAUCGUCCAGCACUUUUGAAUAUCAGCUGAGUCACAAUAAUGAUGUAGGAGUGCAAUAUACUAAAAUCAUUACAUGUGUAAUAUGAUAGGUUUAAUGUAAGUGGGUUUUGGGCAUUUGAAAGUGCAGGUAAUAAAUGUUUGUUAAAUGAUAGCUGAGGACUGACAGCUAUUAGCUAAAAUCAUUGGACCAAAUUCUUCAAUUAGAAUUUUUCUUGAGUAAGCACUGAAGGUAUUGACCCUCUGCUUUUGUAUCUGUUGUUACAUUAUAUGUCUAAAUGACUAUUUAGUGAAGAAGAGGAAAGGUUUGAGUCCCCAGUUCUCUUUUGUUCUGAAAAAUAUAUAUAAGAGUUUACUUAACUCUCUCAACUUCAUUAUACAAGCUCAUCCAGCCUCUAGCACCAAUGACUUGUGCGGUGCAUGAAUUUAGAUACUUAGGUUUGUAUUUUCAGAGGGCUUGAUGGAUUUAGGCCCCAGUUUCCAAUGGGAUUUGGGGUUUGGAUUUUCAGAGGCCCUGAAGAGGGUUAGGCACACAGCUUCCAUUGAACUUCUAUCGGAAAUGGGUAUGUAACUUGCUUGGGCUCUUUUGAAAAUUGUAGUCAUGGCCAUUUCAGUUGCAAACUUCACGGACUUUUCUGUAUCUCUUUACUUGCCCCUCUAUUUUCUGAACAAAAUCACACAUCCUAAUAUGUUUGGUUCCCGGUUAGUUCAGCCAGGCAUUGAAGAAGCCUUCUUACAAAUUAUACAUUUACAUAUGUUUGUGACUAAAGCUAAUUAUAAUGUUGCGUAAACAUGUAAGAUAUAUUUACCCUUCCUGCAGUGCAUACACAAUAAAAAAAUCAAUUUUCAGUGUACACAGUAUAUUUAUCCGUUCAUAAAUUCUUAGGCUUGCAAAUGACAAGAAGUGAUGAUUAACAGGAGUUCUAACACUCUUAGCUCAUUAGAUCUUUACUUCUGCUACAACCAUUUAUGCUGCUUAUUUGUGUAUUGCAGCAAUUUACAGAAAACUCGGGGUGUGUGUGUGUGUGUAACUUCACACAAAAUAACUAAAAAUAGAGUCUAAAAUCUGCUUGUGUGUGUAUGUGUGUAAUUUGAAGUUUUACACACACAUACAAUCUAGGAAGGGCAUAGGGAAUAUUUAAGAACCAGAAAGGAAAGGUUGGUAGCCAUAUAAUAGUCAACCAAUUAUGCAAGAGGCAAGUAUUUCUUAGGGUUAUAUCUUUUAUUGGACCAAAUGCAUAACUAGAAUAGAGUUAGACAAGCUUUUGAAUGGAAGACAUUAUUACCCAAACAAUAUAAUGGUCAUGCUAAAGGGAAAUAUAUUUUUAUUCAAAGGUAGAUCUGGAGUGGGAGGGCUGUUUUAAUAACUGGAUCCUAUUCAGGUUCAGUCUUAGUUUUGUGAAAUGAGCAUUAGUCCAAUCUAGUCUCUGAAGUUAAGAGUCUGAAGAAAUAGGAAAUUUCCCAGUAUUUAGUAUGUUGUCCUUCUUGAGUUUAACAAAAGUAAGAUAGAUGGUUCUAGUCUGUAAUUGGUAAACAUUUUUUGCAUUAGUAAUCCUCCAACUCAAAGAGUUUUUGCUCAGUUAAAAUAAUUGAUACAUACAUUUACAUCCACCGAAGGAAACAACCUUUUAAUGUCCCAGCAUUUCACUCUUACUUUCUAAAAGAAUAAUGUCUGAGUUUCUCUUGCACAGGUUUUUAGCCAAGGAAAUCAAACUAAACUUUAUUGGGAAUUAUGUAGAAAGCAUAUUUCAAUACGUAACCUUAUUUCUUAAUAGCCUAUUGAAAGCUUUCUUGUGCAUUUAAAACAAUCAAUCAGUUUUAUUAACUCUGUUUAGCUCUGUUUUUACUCAAAGAAAAUUAUAGGUAAAUGGUAGUGUUGUUUGUUUCAUAAAUCCAUUGUUAGAUGUACUAUAUAAGACUACAAUUAUUUGAGUCUGUGAGUUCCUAUUACAUCAUGAUUAAGCAAGAGUUCAAAAUAGGAGAGUAUUUUUGGUUUUGUUCCAAAUUGAAGUGUUAACAUCUAUAGUGGAAGUAUAUUUCAGCAGAUGUACAUUUUGCAGCUAUUCCAUAGGUUUGUGUCUGCCAACACUAUGCAUAUUUGCACCAUUGGUGUUUAACCUGACAACAGCAGGAUAGCUCCUAAAACUCGCACAUUGCCUUAAACAUUUUAGCUAUGUACUUACUGAGAAAUGCACAUAGUGCUUUUCUAAUUGUACUCUGGCAGUACACUAGCAUUUGUAAAUUAGAUGGAAAAUACAUACCUGUCUCAGGAUAUCUAGAUUUUUGUGAUUAAUUAGAUUUUGAUGUAUAAAAAUAUACUGAACUCACUUAUAUUUUUGUAAACUGACUGACUUUUUAUAUGCUGUAUAUAUCCAUUAACAAUUCUUCCUUAAGACUAUAAGUUGUUAAGGACAGUUUCUUUUCCUGCCUGCAACAGAUGGGUUUUUUAUGUUGCGCAAGUAUAAAAAUAUGUACUAUAUACAUAAGAGAUGUGGAGAUGCUACUACCUGUAAGCAGCUUCAAAUAGCCAGUGACUGACCAUGCUAUGUUGUCAUUUCUGUUAUUGUCUUCCAGGACUAAUAGCAAUCCUGUUUGUCUAGAAUCCAUACUAACGUUCCUGUUUGUUGACAAUAGAAACUGUCGCCUGCUACAAUCUGAAAGACUAGUCUAGUGCACUUCCUGGUUAGUUGAUACAUACAUACAAGUAUCAUAUUUGGACUUUCAUGGGUAUGCCCACAGCACCUCUAGUGUAUGUCUGUGUACUGUAUGUACAGUAUACAUAUUUAUAAAGAUUAUAGCAGCACUAUUCUGCUUGUAGCAACCUGUAUAUAAUGUAUGAAGUUAGCUGAGCUUGUGCAACCUUUUAAGAAAAAUGUUUAAUUUUUUGCAUUGAAGUAGUGCACACUUUUUUCACAUGAAGGACAUAUUUUUUGUAACUUUUCAGUAAGAAUCUUAGAGCAUUAUUGCUUUUAAAUAUAAAUAUAUAUAAAUACAUACAUUUAUACAUUGAAUCAACAGUUUCCAUUUUAAAACUCUCAAACUAGCAGCGCCAUGCGUAUUUGGCAUUAACAUUUGUAAUUUAAUGUUAAACCUUCUUGAAAUAUGGAUUUAAAUAACGUUUUUCUGUUUUUGUAAAGUAUCCAUGUAGUAUACUUUGUAUCAGUUAUUAUAUUGACUAUGGGUUUUAAACUAAUGCUGUAUACUUUAUUAGAUGUAUGGUUUAUUUUUUUUAGUUUGCCUAUUAAAAGUCUGGAUUAGUAACAAUGAA